AUGGCAUCGAAGAACAUCCUCGUUAUAGCCGUCCUCGCAAUGCUCCUCGUCGGCCUCGCGGUUGCCGACAAUCAAGAUCGCAAGCGGGACGGCACGGGCAACCAGGACCGCGACAGGAAGCGCGACGGUUCGUGCGCGAAAUCCGGCACGUGCAGCGGCAACAAGAACGGCGGCAACCCCGGUGGUCGCGGCGGCAAUGGCGCUGGGAGGAAUUCGGGGAAGAAAGGCACGGGGACGUGCAACAAGAGCGGCAGUGCGAGUUGCGACGGCAGUGGGCGGAAGAACGCGGUGACCGCGAGCGCGGAUGCCGCCGUGGCGGCUGCUGACGUGGACGUGCAGGCGUGUGACGGGCCGAAGCAGGCGGGGAAGCUGAUGAGCGGAUUGCGGAAGAGCGGAUUCAACAAGUUCGCCGCGGCGCUCCAGCAGACAGGUGCGCUGCAGCAGACAGGUGCGCUGCAGCAGACAGGUGCGCUCCAGCAGACAGGUGCGCUGCAGCAGACAGGUGCGCUCCAGCAGACAGGUGCGCUCCAGCAGACAGGUCUGGCGGCGGAGUUCCCGGAGGUGAUGUGUGCGGGCGGAGUGACGCUGCUGGCCAUCCCCGACGUGCCCAUGGGGCAGCUGCCCCCGGCGGUGCGAGGGGACCCGGUGAUGCUGAGGGAGCAGCUGCUGCUGCACGUCGUCAAGGCCGCCCGCCCCUACUCGCGCAUGCAGGCGCGCACCAAGAACUACAAGUUUGCGUGUGCGGCGGGGGCGGGGUCAGGGCGGCUGGUGAAGCAGAGCCAGGGCAGCGCGCCGCUGGUGCUGCGAGUGGGCAGGGGGUGGGGGCAGGCAGCAGCCGUGACGCGCCCCGAUGCCUUCCGGUGCACGGGGGGGGCGGUGCACGGAGUGAACUGCGCGCUGGGCUUGGGGCGCAUGGGCAGGCCGGGCAGGCGCGUGCCUCUGGGGCAGUGCCUGCGCAACGGCAGGGACCAGGAUGAUGACUAG